AUGGCAUCCUCAAGCUUCGAUCCGACCAAUGUCAACCUCAACACGGCCAGCAUGGCCGACGUGGUCUGCUACAUGAACGGCGACGGCAAUGACUACAACGGACACCUGGGAGCGCGUAUCUCCUCUGUCUUUGUCAUCCUCUUCUGCUCGACCGCAGCGACUCUGUUCCCCUAUGUCGCGCGUCAGCUGCCCCGCCUGAAGAUCCCUGUGCAUGUCUACCUCUUUGCGCGCUACUUUGGUACCGGUGUCAUUCUAGCAACCGCGUUUGUGCAUCUGCUUGAUCCAGCAUACAGUGAAAUCGGCCCUGCUUCCUGUGUUGGUCUGACUGGCAACUGGGCUCUGUACUCUUGGCCCCCAGCCAUUGUCCUGACAUCUGUUGUCUGCAUCUUCCUGCUGGACUUUGCUGCUGAGCUCUACGUUGAAUCCAAGUAUGGCAUCGGCAACAGCUUCGCCAACGGGGGUGGCCGACCCUCGUUUGUCCAGCAACAUGACCAUUCUUCCAUUCUUCCUGGCGCAGAUCUCAACAACGGCGGUAACAACAACAAAGACGCCGCCGACGCCGCCACCGGCCCCAAACCCGAAACCACCCUCAAGAACUGGGACACGUACAGCAGCGACCUAGAUUCUGAAAGCGCCGAGCGUUCCUUCAAGCAGCAAAUAGCCGCCUUCAUCAUCCUUGAGUUUGGUAUCAUGGUCCACUCUGUAGUCAUCGGACUGAACCUGGGCGUCGCAGGCGACGAGUUCUCAACUCUUUACCCCGUCCUGGUAUUCCAUCAGAGCUUCGAGGGUCUCGGUAUCGGUGCGCGUAUGUCUGCCAUCCCAUUCAAGAAAGGUAGCUGGUUGCCUUACCUCUUCGGUGCGGUGUAUGGUCUCACAACGCCCAUCUCCAUCGCCAUCGGUAUCGGUCUGCGAACAACCUACAACCCUAACUCGAACACAGCUAACAUUGUGUCUGGUAUUCUGGACUCCAUCUCCGCCGGUAUCCUGACUUACACCGCUUUGGUGGAGUUGUUGGCUAGGGACUUCUUGUUUGACCCAUGCAGAACUAACGACAGACGUCGUCUGGCUUUCAUGGUCAUUUGCACGGUUUUGGGAGCAGGUAUCAUGGCGCUUUUGGGUAAAUGGGCGUAA